AUGAUAAUGAACAAUAAUAAUGUUAGAAAUGGAACAAGAGAUUUUGUAUGUGAGCCAUGGCUUGGAUCAAGCUCUGGCGGUUUAUUUAGAGGAGAUGACCCAUUGAAGUAUUCGACUCCUCUUCUUCUUCUUCACAUUUCUCUCGUCUCUUCUCUCUCUUCCUUCUUCCAAGCUCUUCUUCGUCCUCUCGCAAACGUCGACUUUGUCACUCAAAUUAUGGCUGGGAUAUUCUUAGGGCCCUCAGUUCUGGGACAAAACAUAGAAUUAGUAAGAAAACUUUUCAACACAAGAAGCCUCUUCAUAAUUGAAUCAUUAGAGGCAAUAUCCUUCAUGUUCAUCUCAUACAUAAGCACAGCGCAAGUGGACAUGGGGGUUAUAAAGCGAGGAGGCAAGCUCGCAAUCAUCAAUGGUUUCUGUCUUUUUCUAUUUCCUUACACGGUGGGCUCCAUGGCAACUACAGUCAUCACGAGCAACAUACGUGGAAGCGUGGCGAAAUGUAAGCCCACGCAGCUUCACGAUGUACUGACAAACGAAGCUAUAGUGUAUUUUCAAGUGGCGUAUUCGGUUUUAUCCAAUCUCAAGAUGCUGAACUCGGAGCCCGGAAGGUUAGCCCUCUUCUCCAUUAUGGUGGCUAACUGCUUCGGCUGGGGGUUUUUCCUCCUUUUGAUUACCUUCAGCAGUUUCUUGCAACACAAAUACUCCCAGACUACUUAUCUCCCUACCUUCACAAAGGUGCUACUGAUCGUUGGCAUAGUAGUCGUGUGCCGACCAAUAUUCAAGUGGAUAGUGAGAAGAACACCUCAAGGAAAGAAACUAAAGGGUUCGCAUCUAUGCAUCAUUUGCGUCAUGCUGUGCACCACCACUUUCCUGUCCGAAUCCGUAGGGUUUCCGUACAUUGUCGGAUCUGUGGUUCUCGGGCUUGUCACUCCUAAGACGCCUCCUCUAGGUACUGGUCUCACCAACAAGAUUGGUUGCUUCUGUUGGGCGGUUCUGAUGCCGUGUUACGUUCUGUCGAUCGGUAACAAAGUCGAUUUCUUUGCGUUUGCAAAACGAGACGUCAUAACUUUGGAGCUGCUUUUCUUCAUCAUCAAUGCUGCAAAGUUUGCAUCCAUCGUCAUACCAUCGCUUUACUUCAACGUUCCUCUAUCACACGCCACCAUCGUCGGGUUCAUCGUCUGCAUACAAGGGAUCUACGAUGUCCAAAUCUUCAAACAGUUGUUGAACUACAAGUAUAUAAGCCAGGAAGCAUUUGGGAUAAUGGUGGUCACUGCGAUGGUUCACUCAACCAUUUUCACGGCCAUAGUCAAAAACCUCCACGGCUGGGUGCAGCGGAAACACAUCACUUACCGGCGACAAACCGUUCAGCACUACGAACCAAACACCACUCUCAAGAUCCUCACUUGUUACUACCACCUCGAAACCGUCCCUUCCAUCCUCACCAUCUUGGAGCUCUCUUCUUCUCCCUCCACCGCCUCUUCCCUCUCCGUCGUUUCCGUCAAUCUCGAGGAGCUCGAUCACCAUGACGUCCCUCUCCUUAUACAACACCAUUCCGUUCACAGGGACGACCCGUCAGUGUCCUCCAGCCGCCGAGAUCAGAUCUCCAACGCCUUCAAGAAUUUCGAAAACGGACACCUUUUGCAGGAAGACGUUUCCGUCGAGUGUUUCACCGCGGUUGCGCCGAGCAAGACGAUGCACGAGGACGUCUGCGCGUUGGCCUUCGACAAAGAAACCGAUCUCAUUAUCAUCGCCGUCGACCAUGCGAGUGCAGCAGAGCGGCGCCUCUGCCGCAACGUUUUGGCCGGUUCGCCGUGCUCUGUGGCGAUUCUCUCGGUCCAAGGACGGCUCCCAGAUUUCAAAAACGUGGGAACGACGAUGGAGAAGGGGUCCGUGAGAAUCAACCUCUGCGCGAUAUUCCUCGGUGGAGCGGACGACCGGGAGACAUUGGCGUUUGCGGUUAGGCUGACCAACCACCCGCGCGUAGAUCUAAACGUUCUGAAACUCGUUGACAGCGAAAACGUGUCGCAGCUGAACCACGUCAUAGAGAGAAGGCUCGAUUUCAAAGCCAUCGAAAAGUUCCGUCAAGACACCUUCAACAAACACAACGUCUCCUUACGAGAGGUAAAAAUAAAGGAAGCGAGUGAUUUGGUGAGCCUACUGAGGAAAGAAGGGAACAGUUGCGAUCUAAUAAUGGUUGGAAUCAGACACGAAGCCAGCUUCGAAAUGCUUCAAGGAUUGUCGGUAUGGAGUGAGAAGGAGGAGCUUGGAGAGAUGGGAGAUCUGCUCGUCUCCAGAGAUCUCCAGCUCUCUGCAUCAGUUUUGGCCGUCCAACAGCAGCUCUCCUCCGUCGUCGACGAGCGUUUUAUGGCAUAA